GUUUGCAAAACAGCAACAGAAAAAAGUUGGCAAGUAAUUCAAGGGAGAUAGUCUAGUAUUAAGCCUUAAAAUCAAAAUGGCGUAUUUCCAAUGACAAUAUAUGUUAUGCUUCAAUAUGAGGCGAGUGAAGUCACAGGAGAUCAAAUGCCUGACCAGGUCAAUGUAACUUUUAGCACAGAAACAAAAUCUCUAACCAAACUUAAUCUCAGACGCUCGCGGCAUUUUAACCUCGAUAUUCCUUUGUAUACUUUGGACACCGACCAGGAAGGAAUUUUCCAUAGACAUAAAGUGAAAACCAGACCUAAAAAGACGGUCGCUUCUUCAAGUUUUAUAGACAGGGACGCUAGUUACGAUGAGAUGAAUGCGGACACAGCGAUAGAUAAUCUACAAGCAUUUAACAUAGGCUCUGGGAGUAGCAUCGUUGGCAUUUAUGAUCACGUGAUGCUGUUAGGCUAACAGGGUAAGA